UAUAUAUAUAUACAUCUUCCUUUCUCACCUUCACACAAACACACAGAUUCAAUGAAGCUCGAAGCUUUAAAACCUCCAUUACCCAAACCCCAAACACGUAUCAAAACGUCGAAAUUCAUCCCUCUAAUCGCUCUAACUUGCCUUCUCACAAUCAUCCCAAUUUAUUACCCUUUUAGCCACAAGAAAUUACUCUUGGCUUUGCCGAUCGGAAACGAGAAUACGAUCAAGUCUACCUCUCCCCUCCUCCCUCCGCCCAAACCCAACACCCCGACGCGGCGGCGCAGCGACAGCUCAGCGCCGCCGGAGUGCGACUUGUUCGACGGCGAGUGGAUUCCGAAUCCCGACGGCCCGUACUACACGAACGAGACGUGCGAUGCGAUACAGGAGCAUCAGAACUGCAUGAAAUUCGGGCGGCCCGACACCGGCUACCUGAAGUGGCGGUGGAAGCCCGACGGCUGCGAGCUGCCGCUAUUCCACCCCAACAACUUCUUGGAAAUGCUCAGAGGAAAAUCGUUACUAUUUGUGGGUGACUCGGUCGCAAGAAAUCAUAUGCAGUCCUUGAUUUGCCUCUUGUCAAAGUUGUUGUAUCGGCAGGUUGCGCAGCCCAUCGAUGUGUCGGAGGCGACCGCCGAGAACCGCCUCUACCGAUACACAGAUUACAACUUGAGCAUCUCCAUCAUCUCCUCUCCCUACCUCAUCCGCACCCACAAAACCGACCCCAACGACUUCACCGCUCCCUACCAUCUCUUCCUCGACGAGUUCGACCCCACGUGGACCGCCGCCCUCGGCGAAUUCGACUACCUCAUCAUCUCCGCCGCGCACUGGUUCUUCCGCCCCUCCUACUUCCACCUCAACGGCGCCCUCGCCGGCUGCCUCUACUGCUCGGACCCCAACGUCACCCGCCUCCCCUCCUCCUUCGCCUACCGCCGCGCCCUCCGCACGGCCCUCCGCGCCCUUGACUCCUUCCGCGGCGUCGCGUUCCUGAGGACGCUCGCGCCGUCGCACUUCGAGGGCGGGCCGUGGGACCGAGGCGGCGACUGCGCUCGGCGGAGGCCGUUCCGGAGGAACGAGACGGCGCUGGAGGAGUUCGCGGCGGAGGUGUAUAGGAUUCAGUUGGAGGAGUUGGAGAGGGGGAAGGGGAAGGGGAAUGUGAGGUUGUUUGAUGCGACGAAGGUGAUGGUGGUGAGGGCGGAUGGGCAUCCGAGUAAGUAUGGGAGAUGGGCGGCGGCGAAUCAGACGGUUCCGAACGACUGCGUGCAUUGGUGCUUGCCUGGUCCCAUUGAUGCAUGGAAUGAUUUCUUGCAAGAGUUGUUGAGAAGGGAGUUGGAAGGUUAUUAUACUUCGUCGUUAUGAUAUUGAUAUAGGGUUAGGUUCUAUUGAGAAUUUGAUUUUUCAUGAGAAAUUAGAAUAAUGAUCAAAGUCAAUAAAUUUUACGAACAGACCAAUUUAAUUGAUGAACAGACAUAUAUAUUUAAUAUCUUUGAAAGUUAUUAUA